CAUAUUGGUGCUAAGGCAACAUUUGGUGCUAGAAUGGCAUCUAAAAUGGGACUUUCUUACUAUAAUUUAUGACACGUUUCUCACUGAAAGGGAAUCUUUCAUAAUGUCAUAAAGUAUUUCCCUUAUCUGAGAUAGAACCAAUAGAUAAAAACAAAAUAAACCAACUGACUCAUGUUAACACAGAGUUUGUUAAAUAGGAUAAGUGCAAAUUGGGGAUCAUAAAAGAAAAUUGAAACUCACGCUUUUCUUGUUGAUUAAGGCACUAAAGUGAAAUUGAGACUUGGGUUAUAUCAAAUACUACCUUGGCUGAGCAAAGCUCAUAGAUAAAUGGCCUGAUGGAAACAAGAUCCUGUGUACACCACGUGAAAUGCAGUUGUCACUUUAUAGAUAAUUUCUUUACCACCAAGGGCUUGUAGUUGCACAUCACUUUAGCAAAUAAAUAUUUUAAAUCUUUCAAUAAUCAUAUUUUUGAAAAAUGAAUUAUAUUAAUUGAUUCUAUCUGGAGAAAAAUCAUCAUCUUACUGUAGGUUUAUGGCUUCUAAAAAAAAAUAUUUAUUUUAGGUUAUCACGAACACUGAGAGCUUUUGACAUUGAUGCAAAGUCAACAUAAUGGCGGAUGAAUGGAAGAUAUAUCUGGCCAUUGGAAUACCUUGUGGCUUGGUGUUUAUGUUUAUUAUCCUGUUCUUCAUCGUUUUCUUCUGCCGCCGUCUCACACCUCCUCCCAUACUUGAGUAUGCUGAUGAGGCUGAACAAAAAAAGCGACAGCUGGAAGCAUCUAAAUCCAAUGGGGAAACACAAGGUUCAAAUCCAAACCUGACGUCUGAAGAGGAGAUCCCAAUAGAAGUGACCAUCCUCCAAGGAUACAAAAGAAAGUCCACAAAAUCUGGACAUGCCAAUGCUGCCUUCAGUGAAGAUAAAGAACAGUCCAUUAUUAGGAAAAAGCACUAUCACCCCAGCAGAGCAGCCUAUGCCAAGGCAAAAGCCUUCACUAAACCAUCGCCUAUUCAGGAAGUAGAUGAGAUAGGGAGUAGUAAUAGUCUUGCAAGGAGUAAGGAGUCAUUUCAAAGCCCAGAACUACACCUUACAACAAUAAUGGAUGGAUCCCCAUAUCAAAGAAGGGAUAAAAGUUUAGAGGACAUUAGAGAACCUAGUACACAUACAGUGGAUGGUGUUCAUAUGGAGGAUGAGCAACACUCAGCACCCAACUUUAAAUCAUUUACUUCUUUAGGUUCAUUGGAAAAUAUUCUUAGAGACUUUCCUUUAGACAAACACAAGGACGAUGACUCAAAAUCUCAUGAUUCCAAGAAAUCAAUGCCCCAUGAUGAAACUGACCAUUCUAUAUCAUCUACUGGAGAACAUCAGCAAUGGCAACAUCAAGAGGAAACAACAAUGCCUCUGAAAGACCAAGAAUUACAAUUUCAAGAACCUCCUGCUCCGAGAGUUCCAGAAUUUAAAGCACUAGGCACACUCAUGAAUUUAGCCUUUCAAGCUUCCAGUGAUAAACUAGAUAAUGCUUUUUCUAAUAGGAAUCAAGGAUUUAGAAAAUCACUGGAAAAUAUCGGUAAAGGUUUAAAGGCUUCAGAAAGGGCAGCUAUGAGGAGAGAAAAAAUGGUCUCAUCAGCUUAUCAAAACCCUGGAUUUCAGGCUUCAAGUGAGAGCUUGGAUGAACCUAUACUUACAGAAAGGGUGAGAAAAUCAGUAUCCAAAGAAAGACUGACUAAAUCUGCAGAAAACUUGCACUUCCGUUCAAUAGCAGCAACACAAAGUAGUGUGAUCACAGAUGUUUGACCUCCAAAAAAUGCAUGCACUAAAAAAUUAAUGCUCAGCAAAAUGCUACUUUAAACAGAAUGCAAAUUAACUGGUCUUUUAACUGUAUAUUAGAAACAUUUAUGUUUAAUAGAAUAGGGUAUAUUGCUUUGUCAUCUGUCUAUUAUAUCAGGAGAUGUGUUUUCUUUGUAAUUUAUAAACUUACAAUUUUAGCCAAAAGUAUAGAAUUUUAAUUACAUUCCAUCCAGUGCUUUAGAAAGCAAUAAUGUGAAAUGCUAUGCAAAGAAUGUCAUUUAACUUUUUUAAAAAUAUUUUUACAAAAAGUAUGCCAGGUAAAUUUUAUACCGACAUAUUUUAGUUAUUGUGCGUAGUUUAAUUAAAUAUCCUAUCAGUAGGCCUAUUUAGCAAGUGCUUACUCUAAAAUGAACUUAAGUAUUAGUUAAAAAUUACAAAAUGCCACAGCUAUUUUCCUAUUUAAAAGUAGGCAAUAUAGCUGAAAUUAAAUACUUUAUUGAUAUUGCUGUGGAAAAAUUCUCCAGUUGGUCCAAGUUAGGCAAGUUAUAAGCCAAGCAAAAAAAAUUUAAUGUAGAAUAGGGUAACUUCUAUGUGCUGUAUAAUUCAAAGUGAUUUUGAAUAAAAUGUCAUUUUAUCUCUUCAUAUAAAUAAUGGAUACA